AUGCCGAAUGCGGCGCUUCACGCAGAGGGGGAGCCUCGCACUGCCGAGUACAUGCCGAAUGCGGCGCUUCACGCAGAGGGGGAGCCUCGCACUGCCGAGUACAUGCCGAAUGCGGCGCUUCACGCAGAGGGGGAACCUCGCACUGCCGAGGAGUCGAGCCGCGCCGCCGAAAGGGAGCCGAGCCGCGCCGCCGAAAGGGAGCCGAGCCGCGCCGCCGAAAGGGAGCCGAGCCGCGCCGCCGAAAGGGAGCCGAGCCGCGCCGCCGAAAGGGAGCCGAGCCGCGCCGCCGAAAGGGAGCCGAGCCGCGCCGCCGAAAGGGAGCCGAGCCGCGCCGCCGAAAGGGAGCCGAGCCGCGCCGCCGAAAGGGAGCCGAGCCGCGCCGCCGAAAGGGAGCCGAGCCGCGCCGCCGAAAGGGAGCCGAGCCGCGCCGCCGAAAGGGAGCCGAGCCGCGCCGCCGAAAGGGAGCCGAGCCGCGCCGCCGAAAGGGAGCCGAGCCGCGCCGCCGAAAGGGAGCCGAGCCGCGCCGCCGAAAGGGAGCCGAGCCGCGCCGCCGAAAGGGAGCCGAGCCGCGCCGCCCCCUUUCAGGGGAAGAAAAUCCUCUCGCUUCCCUGA